GAAAUAUGCAAGCUUGGUGAAAAGGCAGCGGAGGGAGAUGGGAAAGGGAUUAUGGAGAAAAUAGAAGGGAGCAGCGCUGGAGUAGAAGACAGGGAAACCAAAACUAGAGUUUCCAGAUCACAGGAGAACUCUAAGAGACGGAAUGGCAAGGAUUUUGGAAGACUUGAAGGCAACAUUGCUGGUGUGGGAAGCAAGGAAGCGAUGCGGAGGGACGCACAUGCGUGUCUCUGGGAAUGAUGCCAAUGCCACUGGCGCCACCCGCCCUGUCACCAUGACGAUGCCGCUCAGCCCCCUCUCCAGUGACGAGGAACAGCAAAGGAUGCUGGGAAACAGUCAACACCUAUACCCUGGGGCAGAAGACGAGGAAGAAGAGGAAGAGGAAGAGGAGGAAGAAGACAGAGAAGAAGAUGACAGGGAUGAAGAAGGAGAAGAUGAAGAAAAUGGAGAGCUAGAAGGGGAAGAGGAAGAAGAAAUAGAUGAAGAAGAUGGAGAUGGAGGCGGGCACUCACGCAGAGGCAGGCAAUCAGGCAACAUGACUAGCCGACACCCUGGAGACAGACAGCGGCGAUCCAGCAAUCCAGGAAUCGCACCCAAUCCCUACUCCUCAAACCCAGGCAGCCACCAGCAGCCGGCCAAUCAGACGCAGCAGCAGAGGCGCCCACGUGAGCGCAGCGGCAGUAUGGUGCCAUCUGACGACACGCAGAUCUCCAUGAUGGUGUUCCGCAUCGGGAUCCCUGACAUCAAACAGACGAAGUGCCUGCGCUUUAACCCUGACGCUACCGUGUGGCGGGCCAAGCAGCAGGUGCUCUGCUCGCUCACCGAGUCACUGCGGGAUGUGCUAAACUACGGCCUCUUCCAACCCGCCACUGACGGCCACGACGCCAAGUUCCUGGAGGAAGAGCGGCUGCUGCGCGAAUACCCACAAUCCUUUGAGAAGGGGGUGCCCUAUUUGGAGUUUCGAUAUAAAACCAGGGUGUACAAGCAGACGAAUCUGGAUGAGAAACAGUUGGCGAAACUGCACACUAAGGCCAGUCUGAAGAAAUUCAUGGAUUACAUACAAAGUGGAGCCGUGGAAAAAAUGGCCAAGUUCCUGGAUAAGGGGCUUGACCCAAACUACCAUGACUCGGACAGUGGAGAGACCCCCCUAACCCUGGCUGUUCAGUCUGAACAUGGCUUUGGAGAAGGCAUUCGCGUCCUCAUUUUGGGGGGAGCACACAUUGAUUUCCGGGCUAAAGAUGGACUCACCCCCUUGCACAAGGCUGUGCGAGCCCACAACCACAUCGCAUUGUUGGCCCUCCUGUCUCUGGGAGCCUCUCCAGACUACAAAGAUCGCAGGGGCCUGACCCCGCUGUACCACUCCGUGCUCACUGGGGGCGACACCUCCUGCUGUGAAACUCUGCUGUAUCACAGAGGGAAACUGGGAGUGAGGGAUGAGAAUGGCUGGGAUGAGACUCACCAGGCUUGCCAAAAUGGUCAUUCCCAACACUUGGAGCAUCUCCUAUUUUACGGUGCUGACUCCACUUCCCAGAAUGCCUCUGGAAACACUGCCCUGCAUAUCUGUGCAUUAUAUAACAAGGAAAGCUGUGCCCGCAUUCUUCUAUACCGGGGCGCCAAUAAGGAUGCAAAAAACAACAAUGGGCAAACCCCCUUCCAGGUCGCUGUGAUGUCUGGUCACUUUGAACUGGGUGAGAUUAUUAAAAAUCACCGUGACACAGACGUAGUGCCCUUUCUUGAGUCACCCAAGUAUGCCCCCCAGAGGCGGGAAAGUACACGUACACUCAUGCUUCCACAUCCUCACCCCUUCCUUCGUGCCAACAGCGAUAACAGCAUGACGGUUCCUGAGUGGAUGGCAGUGCCCAGUACAGCGGGCAACACCGUUGUCUCUGUGCAGGGUCUCAAGCACAGUGGUACCAUCCGGAGUUCGAGCAGCCCUCGGGGGGCCCGCACUCGCUCCCCCUCCCGAGGCCGUUCUGGGGAGAAGGAGGAGCGCAGCCGCUCCAUUCGAAGCAGACCGGGGGUGGGGUCGACCGGGAGUGCCGUAACCUCCGGCAGCCAGCGAAGGCGCCUGUACAGCGCUGUCCCAGGACGGGUCUUUGUGGCCACAAGGUCAUAUUCUGCCCAGGGAGAGAGAGAAAUAAGCUUUAACAAGGGGGAUAAAGUCAAAGUGCUGAGCGUGGGUGAGGGGGGAUACUGGGAGGGUACAGUGAAGGGCCGGACUGGCUGGUUCCCGUCUGAGUGUGUGGAGGAGGUAGGAGCACGCCAGGCCAGCCGCUCAGAGAGCCGCAGUGAUAAGGCCAAGCGUCUGUUUCGCCACUACACUGUGGGAUCAUACGACAGCUUUGAGGCCCCCAGCGACUACAUCAUCAAGGAAAAGACAGUACUCCUACAGAAGAAGGACAAUGAAGGUUUUGGAUUUGUCCUGCGUGGAGCGAAAGCUCAGACACCUAUAGAGGAGUUCACACCCACACCAGCAUUCCCUGCACUGCAGUAUCUGGAAUCGGUGGAUGAAGGGGGUGUGGCCUGGAGGGCUGGUUUACGAAUGGGUGACUUUCUUAUUGAGGUGAAUGGCCAAAAUGUGGUUAAGGUGGGUCACAGACAGGUGGUCAACAUGAUCAGACAAGGGGGAAACAACCUCAUGGUCAAAGUCGUCAUGGUAACCCGCAACCCUGAUAUGGAGGACGGUGGCAGGAAAAAAAUUCCUCAGCAGAGUAAGAGGCUGAGUGCUCCUGCCAUUGCUUUGCGCUCCAAGUCCAUGACGUCAGAGCUGGAGGAGAUGGUGGACAAAGCUGCCACGCCUUGGAAAAAGAAAGAGUACGAGCCCUCGCAGGUCAACGAGAAGAAGAGGACCGUCUACCAGAUGGCCCUGAACAAACUGGAUGAGAUCUUGGCAGCGGCCCAACAGACAAUUAGUACCAAUGAGGGACCUGGGCUGCGAAGCCACGGAACCAAAAGAGACAAAACAAGGGGCCUCUUCCCUAAUGAGCCCAGCUUCGAGCAGCCAGGUUUGCCUGUGACAGGUCCCAGCUCUGGCUACGAGCGCAGCCAGCACGGUAUGAUGCUGCGACAGAAAUCCAUCGGCGUCCCAGAGGAGGAGAAACAUUACCUCCAUCCACCGGCAGUGAAGUUUGCUCGCAGUCUGUCAGUCCCUGGGCCAGAUGAUAUACCCCCACCCCCUACCACAGCUCCGCCUGAACCCCCCUUCACUGCAGGGCCUCCCUCUGGCUGGAGGAGCAAGCAGACCCAAAUGCCCACAGCGCUGGUAUCCCAGACUUCCUCAGCCACUCCCAGCUACCAGCUGUAUUCUCAGGCUGUGCAGGUCCCCCAGGCGGGUCGUGAUAGAGGUGGGGCUGGGGGCAUGGUCGGGGGCGGGGCAGGGGAUCAUGCACUGUCCUCACCUUAUCCAGCACCGCCUGCCCCUCACAUUCAGCCAGGCAGGGCUACAGUGUCUCGUAAAGGUGGGGCCAUCCCAGGGGAGGCUGGGGGCAUGGCAGGUGCUGGGGGCAGGACCGCCGGACUGAGGAGGGGCUACAGCAAUGCGGCCCCCCCUUCCACUGUGGCCGCCCCGAGUCAGCAGCAGCCCUCGAGCACACAAAACCAGGCUGCCCAGCAGGCGGGGCGGGCAGGGGCCACGGGCCCUGGGGGGGGACCCAAGGCUGGGGGCCGGAGGGCAAAGGGCUUGUUAGUGAAGCAGUCUAAGGUGGAAGACUGUACACGCGUGGGUGGCGCCCCCACCCUGGGCAAAGCCCCUGUGGAGAAGAGCUCCAUUCCAAUCCCCACCAUCAUCGUCAAGGCCCCCUCCACCAGCAGCAGCGGGCGCAGCAGCCAGGGCAGCAGCAUGGAGGCUGAGCCGCCCGCUGAGGCCGAUGCCAAGGGUGCCCCGCCCAUUUCCGCCCCGCCUCCUGUGCCCGCUCCUCCCCCACCCAUCAUCCCUCCUCCCCCUCCCCCUACCACAGCACCUCCGCCAGUGCCGCCACUACGUACCCAGGACAGCCUGGACUUCACUAGCCAGUUCGGGGCAGCUAUAGUCGGGGCAGCACGCCGGGACCGAGAGCGCCUCCAUCAGGCCCGGCGUAAAAGCACCUCCUUCUUCCUGUCGGCCGAGGAGGAGGCUAGCACAGCGGUGCGGGUCCAGGCUUCCCUGCAGCAGGAUGCGGGGACGCCCCGCCUGCGGCCCUCCAAGUCCAUCGAUGAGGGCAUGUUUAGUGUAGAUGCCCCCCAGCACACGCGCAGCAUGCCCCCCGCCUUUGGUCUACCCGAGUAUUGCACCCCUGUGCCAGGAGACUUCCAGCCACGCUCUGUGCCAACCGAUUUCUAUGGCGCUGCCAAGCCGCCGGCCACCACCUUCAUCCACCCACUAACAGGAAAGGUGCUGGACCCCACCUCGCCCCUUGGCCUGGCCCUGGCCGCCCGCGAGCGCGCUCUCAAGGAUGACAGCAGGCCCCGCAGGGAACGCACCACGGAGCACCAUCUAACACGACAGGCUUCCACCGCGGCUGCUGUUCCCGCCUCCCUGCUGUCCCGUGUGCCGUCAGCCGUCUCCGCGUCCCAAUCCUCCAGCUCCUCCUACCUCGUCACUUCCUCCUCACUGGCAGCCACCACCCCCUCUACGGGGCGGCCCCCCUCACCACGCAUCUUGAGGGGUGGGGCCGGGUGGAGUGAGGAGGCGGGGGAGAGGGAGAGGGAGGGUGGAGGACGGGAGGGGCUCAGGGUGCGCUUUUCGGAGGAUAAGACAGUCCACACACAUCAGUACCAGUCACAACACUAUCAGCCUACCUACCGAGAGAGGGAGAGAGAACGGGAGCGAGAGAGGGAGCGAGAGAGGGAGAGAGAGAGGGAGAGAGAGCGGGAGCGAGAGAGGGAACGAGAGAGGGAGAGAGAGAGGGAGAGAGAAAGGGAGCGAGAGAGGGAGAGAGAGCGGGAGAGAGAGAGAGAGGGGUACGGGAGAAGGCAUGAGCAGCCCCCCCAGCCACCUUCCCAACCGGCCCCGCGCCGCCCCUCUUUCCUGCGCAUGGAGAGUGAUGCCAGUGCCUAUAUCCUUGCCCUGACCCCUCCAUCACCUCCCCCUGCCCCCCCAGUUCAUGGGAUCAGCGGGGUCGGCAGUGGCGGUGGGCUGGCUCUCAUGGUGCUGCCUCCCCCAGCCCCCUCUGUGGAUGCCGAUGACGAGUUUGUCUUCGCUGAGCCCCUGCCGCCGCCACUGGAGUUUGCCAACAGCUUUGAUCGCAGUGCAGCGGGCAGACAGGGCUACAGCCAGUCCCAGGCCAUGCUGAUUAAUAGCCUGCAUUCCUCCCAGCAGCCCCCACCGCCACCACCC